ACAGAUAACUCAAACCCAAGAUCAAAUGAAGGAACCAAAUGCAAAUGUAAGAAAAAGCAUCUUUCUUCUCAGGCUCCACUCCCCACCAUACAGUCUCCCAGAGAUGCUCUAACCAAAAUGGCCAGCAGGUUGGUGAACUACAUCAUUGAAAUGCACCAGAUGGAAAACCCUAUUAGGAAAAAAGAUAUGUUGAAGAUCAUCAAUAAAAAGUAUGAGAAACACUUCCCAAAGCUCCUAGAAAGAGCUUCUUUCAACAUAGAGGUGGUAUUUGGCAUGGAAUUAAAGGAAGUCGAUGCCGCCAAACAUUCUUAUACCCUUGUCGACAAAAUGAAUCUCCCCUACAAUGGGAUGCUGAAGCGUGGAAGAGGAUUUCCCAAGACCGGUCUCCUGAUGAACCUUCUGGGAGUGAUCUUCAUGAAGGGCAACUCUGCCUCUGAGGAGGAGAUCUGGGAAUUUCUGAAUAGGAUGAGAAUAUAUGCUGGAAAGAAACACUUCCUUUUCGGGGAGCCCAGGAAGCUCAUCACAUGUGAUCUAGUGAAGCUGAAAUACCUGGAAUACCGCCAGGUACCCUACAGUGAUCCUCCCCAGUAUGAAUUCCUGUGGGGCCCAAGAGCCUAUGCUGAGACCAGCAAGAUGAAAGUCCUGGAGUUUUGGGCCAAGAUCAAUGAAACGAUACCUAGUGCCUUCCAGGCCAGGUAUGAAGAGGCUUUGAGAGAUGAAGAAGAGAGAGCUGACCCCAUAGUUACACCCAGUGAGAGCACUAAUGCCCCAAAGAGAAAAUAUUCUAUUUCAGGGGUAGAAUUUCUUCCCACAAUUAUUGAAGUUGACGAAGAAGAUUCUUCACUUCUCAGUUGAAGAGAGCAGACAGUGUUCCUAGCAGCGGAGAGUGGCAGUGUCUGGAGGGAACACAGUGUAACAUUGCUUUGUGUUUCUAUUUCAC